AUGCACCAAGCGCUGCAGGUGGCACACGCGUGGCAGAUGCUGCACUUUAAGGACCCAGCGAUUGUAGCAGUGGCGACGGCCCAGGUGUGUCAGAUUGCACGCAAACGCUACCGCCUCAUUGAAGUCACUGGACGGAUCAAGACGACGAGCUCAUAA